UUCUGAAAACAGAUCCAAGAGACUUCACUCGAACGAAUCGACAUUAUUUUAUCGAGUAUUGUAGCCGAUAGUCGAUAACUGCCUAAAUUUUCACAAUAUUCUUUAUUACGUCUAGCUUGACAGCAACGGACGCGAGCAAGAUCAUUCAAGAUGUCUACUCAAUGUCUAGCAAAACCACGACUUCGUAAUUUCCUCACGGCACAGAUCAAAAGGAAUCUUGUACUAAUGAUGACAAUUAGCAUCAGUGGGGCAAUGGCGGUUAAGAUUCUUAUUGCUGAUAAGAGAAAACGAAGAUAUGCCGAAUUUUACAAAACCUACGAUGCAGAGAAACAACUGAAGAUAAUGAAUGAGGCUGGUCUUAUGCAGUCCUAUAUUCCUCAAAAGAAGUAAAUUUAUGCGUACAAAUGAUAGAAGAAAAGCUUGAGAAAGCGAAAAUAAGAUAAUCUUUUUCAGGAUUAUAUAUUAUAUCAGUAUAUGUAUAAUAAAUAAAUUCAACAUAGUAAAGUA